CCAUCACACCACUCAUCAGUUCUUCCAUCACAACUCACAACCAACUCCAAGCCAUCUUACCAGCCAGCCCCUGCGUCCGCUCAUGAGCACACAAAGAGACAAGACGGCAGCACCUGUGCAGGCGGCCAUGGCGACCCAGCUUCAGGUUCUUGAGCGGCCGCCUGUGGUGGCCACCUCGGUGUUCCAGCCAGGGAAGCUCGCCGUCGAUGUGAUCCCCGUGGAUCACGACGCGGUCCCGACGCCGCCGAUCCCGAUCCUGAUCGCCGCCCCCAAGGACGCCGGAACCUACCCCGUCGCCGUGCUCCUGCACGGCUUCUUCCUCCAGAACCGCUUCUACGAGCAGCUCCUGCGGCACGUCGCCUCGUUCGGGUUCGUUAUGGUGGCGCCGCAGUUCCACACGAGCCUCGUGUCCAACGGCGACGCCGAAGACAUCGCCGCGGCGGCCAAGGUCACUGACUGGCUCCCCGGGGGCCUGCCGGCCGUGCUCCCGCCCGGCGUCGACGCCGACCUCUCCAGGCUCGCCCUGGCCGGCCACAGCCGCGGCGGCCACACGGCCUUCGCCCUCGCCCUGGGUCAUGCCAAGACCGUCCUUAAGUUCUCCGCGCUCAUCGGGCUCGACCCCGUCGCCGGCACCGGCAGGUCCUCGCAGCUCCCGCCGGCGAUCCUCACCUACAAGCCCUCCUCCCUCGACGUCGCGAUGCCGGUGAUGGUCGUCGGCACCGGGCUGGGCGACGACAAGGCGAACCUACUGUUCCCUCCCUGCGCGCCCAGGGAGGUGAGCCACGCCGAGUUCUACCGCGAGUGCAGGCCGCCGUGCUACCACCUCGUGGCCAGGGAUUACGGCCACCUCGACAUGCUCGACGACGACGCCCCCAAGCUCGUCACCUGCCUCUGCAAGCAAGGGAGCAGCUGCAAGGACGUGAUGAGGAGGACCGUCGCCGGGAUCAUGGUCGCCUUCCUGAGGUCUGCGCUUGAGGAAGAAGAUGGUGAGGAUCUGAAGGCCAUACUCGGAGAUCCUGGGCUCGCAACCACCACCUUGGACCCUGUUGAGUACCGGUUGGCAUGAGCAGAAAGAUCGUCUUUACUCAUGAGCAGUCAUGACUUAGCUUCAUAAUAAAUUACUGAAUUUGUUUGUUUUUUAAUUAUUUGC